UCGCUUCUGUAUUUUCAGCUUUUAUGCUCUCGUUAUACUCUUACAAAACCACUCUCCUCACUCCCUAACUUCCUCCAACACACACACUCUCUCUCAUGGCUUCUCACCGGAAAACCACUAUUAGAUCCAUCCAAAAUCGCAACCACAAACCACCUUUUGAAGCGCACAAAUAAAAACAAACUAUCCUUCGAUAACUUUUGGGUGCAAAACACAUCAAUGGCAGUGUUUUCAAAAUCAGGGAUGGUUGUUUAUGUUUUGUUCUUUGUUUCACUUCUGUUGCUACUGAGUCUCCGAGUCAACUCGGAGCCGACUCAGGACAAGCAAGCCCUCCUUGCUUUCCUCUCCCAGACCCCUCACGAGAAUCGCCUCCAAUGGAACCCCUCCGACUCGGCUUGCAACUGGGUCGGCGUCGAAUGCGACGCCAAUCGCACCUCUGUCUACUCUCUCCGACUUCCCGGUGUCGGCCUUGUGGGUCAAAUUCCGGCCAACACAAUCGGUAAAUUGACUCAGCUCCGAGUCCUCAGCCUUCGUGCCAACCGCCUCUCAGGUCAGAUUCCCUCCGAUUUUUCCAAUCUAAAGCUUCUCCGGAGCGUCUACCUCCAGAACAACCAGUUCUCCGGCGAGUUCCCAUCUAGUUUUACCGAGAUGCCUCGGAUGACCCGUUUAGAUCUCUCCAGCAACAACUUCACCGGCACAAUUCCAUUCGCCGUCAACAAUCUGACCCACCUGACCGGACUUUUCUUGGAAAACAAUGGGUUUUCAGGUAAGCUCCCAAGCAUCAACCAAGAGAGCUUAAUUGACUUCAAUGUUUCCAACAAUCAUCUCAAUGGUUCAAUCCCUGCGACCCUAUCGAAAUUCCCUGCGUCAGCAUUCGCCGGCAACAUCGAUAUAUGCGGCGCACCGUUGCCGCCGUGCACCCCAUUCUUUCCCUCACCCGCCCCAUCGCCAUCUUUAAUUGCGCCACCGCAAAACCCAUCUGGCAAAAAGUCCAAAAAGCUCUCAACGGCGGCGAUUGUAGCAAUUUGCGUCGGUGGGGCGCUGCUUCUCCUCUUUCUGUUCCUGAUUCUCAUCCUCUGUCUGCGGCGGCGGCGGCAACGACAGACGGCGAAACCCCAGAAGCCGCCGGAGACAACUGCACGGACCACUGUAGCAGUGGCGGAGGCGGGAACGUCGUCGUCGAAGGAGGACGUGACGGGCGGGUCGGCGGAAGCGGAGAGGAACAAGUUAGUGUUUCUGGACUCGGGAAUAUACAGUUUCGAUUUGGAGGACUUAUUGAGGGCUUCUGCGGAGGUGUUGGGGAAAGGGAGCGUGGGGACGUCGUACAAGGCGGUGCUGGAGGAGGGGACGACGGUGGUGGUGAAGAGACUCAAGGAUGUGGUUGUGAGUAGGAGAGACUUUGAAAUGCAAAUGGAGGCCUUGGGGAGGGUAAAGCAUGAAAAUGUGGUUCCUCUUAGAGCCUUCUAUUAUUCUAAAGAUGAGAAAUUGCUUGUCUCUGAUUUCAUGCCCGCUGGUAGCUUAUCUGCUCUUCUUCAUGGUAGCAGAGGCUCAGGCCGAACUCCACUGGACUGGGACAACCGGAUGAAAAUAGCGAUGAGCGCCGCUAGGGGCUUAGCUUACCUACACGUGCCGGGAAAUGUAGUCCACGGCAACAUCAAAUCCUCCAAUAUCCUCCUUGGCCAAGACAACAUCGCCUGCUUCUCCGACUACGGUCUCAACCCACUCUUUGGCUCGUCCACCCCACCCAAUCGUGUGGCUGGAUAUCGUGCACCGGAGGUAGUGGAAACCCGCAAGGUCACCUUCAAGUCGGACGUGUACAGUUUUGGUGUUUUGUUGCUGGAGUUAUUGACCGGAAAGUCGCCCAAUCAGGCGUCAUUGGGUGACGAAGGCAUUGAUUUACCGAGGUGGGUCCAAUCCGUGGUCCGUGAGGAAUGGACGGCUGAGGUUUUUGAUGUGGAGCUGAUGAGGUAUCACAACAUUGAAGAAGAGAUGGUACAGUUGUUGCAAAUAGCAAUGACAUGUGUAUCGACCGUACCGGAUCAGAGACCCCCCAUGCAGGAAGUGGUACGCAUGAUUGAGGACAUCAAUAGAGGGGAGACCGAUGAUGGGCUACGACAGUCGUCUGAUGACCCUUCAAAGGGAUCGGACGGCCAUACUCCUCCCCAGGAGUCAAGGACCCCACCUCGUGCAAUCACACCUUAGACAGUGUUUGGAAGCUGAAAAAUGAAGAAGAAAGUGACAAGUCAUCCUCAGAAUGCGCAGUGUAUGGGGUGUUUUCUUUUGUUUACUUCACAUUUAUUUUGUUUUUUUUUUUUGUUUUUCUUUCUUAAUUGUAAAAUGAUUUUUAGGAGAAAAAGGGGUUUGAAUUGUUUGGGUAAGGAUACAGUAUUGCUGUAAAAUGUGUCGAUCAAGUAUUUUAUUGGAUGAAGAAAUGUAUAGUUAUAGAAAUGCUUGGACGACAUGUUUUAUCCGACAAGAUCCAAACCCGCAUUGUUUUCGGGUUAGAGUUUCAUGAAGUAAUUGAGAAUGAACAUGUUUUUAUUUUA